AGAUAACCAUCUUCAUACUUGUUUUUAUCACAGAUUGCUUUCUAAGCAACUCAGCUUUGCGGCGACUCGGGCUUUCUGAAGACACAGCCUUUUAUCUUAAUGACUGACAAAGAAGCACCAUCAGACUCUCAGUUAAAGAACAAGCAAUAUGGUGAUUCAAGAGAAUUUGAUCCAGAUUUCAAGGGACCUGUUGCCAAGAGGAGUUGUACGGAUGUUCUGUGCUGCAUGGUCUUCAUAGUGUUCAUUACUGGCUACAUUUUUUUAGGACUUAUAGCCUGGGUACAUGGCGACCCCAGAAGAGUGGCUUAUCCUACAGACAGCAAGGGCCACUUUUGUGGCCAGAAGGGCACCCCCAAUGAGAACAAGAGCAUUUUGUUUUAUUUUAACCUGUUCAGCUGUACGAGUCCCUCCGUGAUGAUAAACCUACAGUGCCCUACUACACAGAUCUGUGUCUCCAAGUGCCCAGAAAAAUUUUUAACCUAUGUGGAAAUGCAAUUGCCAUUCAGAAGAGACAAAAACUCUUGGGAAUAUUACAACCAGUUCUGCAAGACCCCUAUUACUCAACCCGCAAAAUCUCUCUCACAAGUAAUAAUGGAUGAUGAUUGUCCAACAGCGAUUUUUCCAAGCAAGCCUUUUCUCCGGAGAUGUUUCCCUGACUUCUCUACUAAAAAUGGCACUUUGACAGUAGGAAAUAAGACAGCAUUCGAAGAUGGGAAUGGAAAGACAAGAAGUGCUACGGAACUCAAGGCAGCUGCAAAAAAUAUCAAUAGAGUCCUUCAUGCAAAGGCAAUUGGAAUCAAAGUGUUUGAAGACUAUGCAACAACUUGGUAUUGGAUUCUCAUUGCCCUGACAAUUGCCAUGCUCCUCAGUUGGAUGUUUCUGCUACUCCUGAGGUUCAUAGCUGGGUUCCUCUUCUGGCUCUUCGUAUUGGGUGUCAUUGGAAUUAUAGGUUUUGGAAUAUGGCACUGUUACCAGGAGUACAGCAACCUUCAGGAACUCCCAAAUUCUCACUUAAAGAUAUAUGACCUCGGGAUACAGACUGAUAUACGCAUGUACUUUGAACUGAGACAAACAUGGCUCAUAUUUAUGAUAAUCCUCUCCGUCCUUGAAGUGCUUGUCAUCCUCAUGCUGAUCUUCCUUAGGACCCGAAUCCGCAUCUCCAUUGCCCUGCUGAAGGAAGGGAGCAAAGCCAUUGGAUAUGUCCCUACUACAUUAAUUUAUCCAGUUUUAACUUUCAUUUUGCUCUCAAUCUGUAUUAGCUACUGGGCUGUGAUAGCAGUUUACUUGGCUACAUCAGGGGUGCCCGUAUACAAAGUCGUAAACCAGGAUGGGCAAUGUAAAUAUGAAAAUAAAACCUGUGACCCAGAGGUUUUUAACGGAACUGAAAUUUCUAAAGCUUGCCCUCAUGCUCGGUGUAACUUUGCUUUCUAUGGUGGAAACAGCCUGUACCAUCAAUACGUCACUGUCCUCCAGAUAUUCAAUCUUUUUGUCUUCCUGUGGCUUAUAAACUUUGUCAUUGCGUUGGGUCAGUGUGCCCUGGCUGGUGCCUUUGCGUCUUAUUACUGGGCCUUGAGAAAACCUGAUGACAUCCCACCACAUCCACUUUUUACUGCGUUUGGACGAGCCAUACGAUAUCACACGGGAUCCCUUGCAUUUGGAUCCUUAAUUCUUGCAUUAAUUCAACUGUUUAGGAUAACCCUAGAAUACUUGGACAAACGUAUUAAAGAUCACCAGAACAAUGUUUCCAAAUUUCUACAACACUGCCUGAAAUGCUGUUUCUGGUGUCUGGAAAAAGUGGUAAAGUUUUUAAACAGAAAUGCCUAUGUUAUGAUUGCAAUAUACGGCAGAAGCUUCUGCAGGUCAGCAAGAGAUGCUUUUGAUCUGCUGAUAAGAAAUAUUUUAAAAAUUGCAGUGUUGGAUAAAGUUACAGAGUUUGUACUAGUCCUGGGGAAAAUUCUAGUUUCUGGGUGUAUAGGUGUCUUGGGCUUCCUACUCUUCACACAGAGAAUCUCAAUAUUUAUAGAAGGAUCAACCUCUUUAAAUUACUACUGGGUACCUUUGCUGACAGUCAUUGUUGGAUCUUACCUAGUUGCACAUGGGUUCUUCAGCGUCUAUGCAAUGUGUAUUGAUACAAUUUUCAUCUGCUUCUGUGAAGAUCUGGAAAGAAAUGAUGGAUCUACAGAAAAACCCUACUUCCUAGCCCCCACCCUGCACGGAAUCCUGAGCAAGAAGCAACUAGUUCCCCAGAAGCAGAAAGAGUAGAAAAGCUCCAAAGAGUGCCACUCAUUUUUUUAAGUAGAAGUUUUGUAAAUGAGGUCAUUUGUAAUUAGAAAAUGAUGCUUUUGAGUAAUGAGAAAUUUCUGCGCUGAUUUCUAAAAAGCCAGAACCUGGUGCCGGCUGAGGUGCCAGGCGUCCGGUCACAGGGGCCUCUGUGCCCUAGGAUGCUUUAUGGACCGACUGUGCUCCCAGCUGAAGGGCACGUUGUAAAUGUCAAACUUUUUUUUUGAAAGUCUGUAGCCGAACGUGUUUUAAAAACUUUUAUAACUCGGUGUGCUGUUUCUCAUUGCAGCACUUUAAUAGCCUUUCUUUUGAUACAUGUAUAUUUGUAAAGGAUAUUCAGGCAAUUUUUGAAAAUGCUAUAAGUGUAUAAUGGAUUAGCCAUAAAAAGAUUGAUUGGUAGUUAACCAGCAUAUGGUACUAAAUUUGUAAAUAUGGUGCUAUGGUCAUAUUUGUACUGUUCGAGCUAGUGGACAACUCUCUAAACUGUGAUUAAACUUGUAUUAAUGGUUCCCUAGGAAGUAUAUUUCAGUAAGUGAUUCAAGUUCAUUACAAACAUGUAGAUGUUAAUAUUGUACAGGUUCCAUAGAGAGCGUUACUAGGUAAAAAUUACGGUGGAACCUUUGCAGCCCAUUUUGUUUUAGUGAUAUUACAUUUAUAGUGAAGUUGAAUCUGAGUUCUGGGAUGUCAUUUUCAAUCAUAUGAACCCUUGGCCACCAUAAAAGUACUCUAAACAAAAUUGAAAUGACACGUAACUUAUGUCUUUUGUCUCAUACUAAAUAGAGACAAAUUCCUUUUUUCUUAUACCCACCAUAUAGAAAAUUGGUGUGGAUUUGUUUCAGAAGAGUGAAUAUAUCUUUUCACGAGCAUACCUGUUUUCCUAGAUUAAAGAGAUUGGCUUUGUUCUACAAAAGGUUUGAUUUUAGCCCAACUUUCAGUGAGGAAAGAGAAGAGAUAAGACACUUCGGAUUUUCCCCUAAGGAAAUAUAUGAUUGGUCCUCCAUAGGUACCUCAUCAGGCACCUUUACAAGGGGACAUACUGUGAGUUAGAAAAUCUAUCUCUGGAGGUUUAGGAGGAAAGUUUUUGCCACAUUCCACCCUUGCUGGCCAGAGCAACAAGCCGGUUUCUGGCAGCCAUGCCUGAGUCUUUUGCAUGGCAGAGCAAAGCAUGGAUCAGACAUUCAUGUACUUUGCUUACCCAUCCCCUGCGUGCAAUGCAUGAUAUGGCUCACAGUGUACAAAAUGUACCCCAAAAGGAGCACUGAGUCAAGUUGCAUCCUUUUGGCUUUUACACUAAGCUUGUAUAUAAGGACUAUUUAUGUAUUGACAGAAAAUAACACAUUGAUCUAACAUUUUGAUUGGAAUGUGAUCCAUGUAUCCAAGAAGAGAGCCAGAAUUGUAUCAUUGUGUUGAGGAUUAAUAUAAAUUGCUAAUUUAUUUAAUGAUCUUAAAGUGUGGAAAUCUAGAUUUAGAUUGGCUCAAUGGCAGGAAUAACAAGAAGCCAAUGAAUAGGGAGAAUAUUCACAAUAUUGGCUCUUGUAAUGGCCAUCAUCUUGGCUUACUUUCUUGAGAUUAUUGCAGUCAAAAGUGUCAGUUGGCUUCACAGCUUGACAAGGGGCCUCCUCCACUCUCUCUCUCCUUGAAGUAUAAUUCAGAGAAGAGUGACGACCUGUCUUUCUAGAUGGUUAUUAUUAUUAUUUUAUUAUUCAUCAAUACAGGGGUUCCAACAUCUAACAAAGUAUGUUACCUCUGUCUUAAGUGUUGAAAAUUAUAAGGAAUAAGUCCACUUUAAGAGUAGUCGAAAAGUUCGUAACGAUGAAACCAAACAAUUUUUAAUUUUUGUAGGUAUCAGAAUCACUGUGAAAACUUGUUAUAAACAUAGAUGCUUGUGCCUCACCCUAGGAGAUUCUGAUAUAUCGUGCUUGGCUGUGGGCCAUCUUGUGAAUUGCUACAGAGUUUUCUAGUUGAUUCUGAUGUGCAUAAAAGUUGGAAAUUUCCUUGAAUAACAUAUAAAUCAACAUGUGAGAAACUAGUUGCCUAUUUUCUCCUUAUAUUCAUGGCUGUUCUAAGAGUUAGAAAUUUGAGAAAGACAAAGGAGAUUAAUUUGGAGACUUCUAACAAGCAUAGCUUCUUCCAUAUUUUAGAUUCCUGGUGCUAAAUGGGGCCCAUGUGUUAUAUGUUUAACAUAAUAUCUACUGAUUAGGCCAGAAAAUUGUCUAGAGUAAAAGUUUUUUACUGAACUAUAUGGAGGUACAUUCUAAGCUUGGCUGUAGUCUCAGGAUAUAACCCUUGGACCCAAAAUCAUAAGAAAAAGAGUGCCACUUGGUUCAAUAUUUCUAAAUAAUUUCUUAAAGGAAAGAUUCUUUCCUUUAAGU